AUGGAGGCUUCUCUUGCCAUCUGCAUCCUCACUGCUCUCCUGGCUACAGGGGCCUGUCUGCAGUGUGAGGUUUGCUCUGGACCAGGAGCCAGCUGCACGGGCGACCUACAGACCUGCACUGCUGGGGCAGACACUUGUGGCAUCUCUCUGGGUGAAUACACAUUGGCGGGAAUGAAGCAACAAAUCGUUAUCAAGGGCUGUGCAACAUCCAGCAUUUGCAAAGCUGGCCCCCUCACUGUGAACUUUGGGAAUGGACUGGUAAUAAGGUCGGGCAUCACGUGUUGCAUGGGAGAUGCCUGCAGAACAACCAGCGUUACAGUGCCACCAGACAACACCAAACCCAACGGCCGGAGCUGCCCAGCCUGCGUCGCUAUGCUCUACGCUCAGUGCAAUGAAGAGACCAUACAGUGCACUGGAUCAGAUACCCGAUGCAUCGAGGUUGCCGGGACCGCAACAUUUGGUGGAUCUUCCACAUCGACCACCAUGAAGGGCUGCGCUAGUGAGGCCACUUGUGCCCACUUUAAAAUGAUUUCAGGGACCAUCGCAGGAGUCAGUGCGGAUCUAUCUGUGGUCAAAUGCAAAGCACCUGGCCCAGCUCUGGGGCCAGUCGGGCUCCUCGUCCCAUCCCUUGCUGGGCUCCUGCUGCUGAAGCUGCUCUUCUGA